CGUCAGUCUGUCUUCCUUUGCUCCUAUGUACCUAUGCGUUUGUACACAAAACCAAGCAAGAAAGAAGAGUGAGAGAGACAAGGGGAGAGUUUUUCUCCUUUUAUUUGUUCCUUGCUAGUGCGGCAGCACCAUAGCACCUCGUGCACAAGUGACUAGAGUUGUUUACAAAGGGAGAACGCCUGGACUGGCCUUUGGCUUCAAUUCAGGUCUUCCAUUACACUGUUUGUUCGGAUGUCUUCCCAGCUACUCCCGGCUAGGAUUAUGCAAGUCAUCUACCCGUCAACUAGAAUAACCUUUCGCCUAUAAAUGGGACGAAUUUCAGUGUUAACAUCACCGCUCUUCACAACUGACGUACUUACAGUGUACAUUCAUCGACAAAGAAGAAUUAACCAACUUUGGCCGCAAAUGUCGCCAUUACUGUGUGUGGCUUUGCUGCUCACGGUGACAUGUCAUGGCGAUACACAGCAGACGUCGCUUCCGGUUGUCCAGACUCGGCUGGGAGCAAUCAGCGGAAGGAUGCUGACUGCCAAGAACGGGAGACAAUACGAAGCUUUCCGAGGCAUUCCGUACGCCAAGCCACCUGUAGGAGACCUGCGCUUCUCUAAGCCCCAGCCUCAGCCUCCUUUUGACCAGGGACGAUUUGAUGCCAGCGAGUUUGGAAAAAUGUGUUGGCAGCAACUCUCGGACCCGGGGAAUGUUGACGUGUCCACAAUGAGCGAGGAUUGUCUUUCCCUCAACAUUUUCAGACCUGUGGCAACAUCCACUGGAUCUUCCCAAAGAGAUUUGCUGCCAGUGUUUGUUUUUAUUUACGGGGGAGCAUUUGUGAGGGGCAGCUCUUCGGUGUUUGAUCCCAGUCAGCUUGUAACGGAAGGAAACUUCAUCACAGUAACACUUAACUACCGUCUGGGCGCCAUUGGAUUCCUCAGCACAGGAGAUUCAAGACUUGCGGGCAACUACGGUCUGUGGGACCAGCAACUAGCCAUCACGUGGGUCAAGAACAACAUCCAAGCGUUUGGGGGUGACCCUGGUCACAUGACAAUUGGGGGACAAUCGGCGGGGGCUGUGAGUGUGUCUUUCCACACCUUGUCUUCUUUCUCAAAGGGACUUUUCAGCAAAGCAAUAAUGCAGAGCGGUUCCGCCACAUCGACAGGUGCGUUGCAGAGAGAACCUCUACAGAACUUGCUCAACUUGGCUCGUGAUGUCAGCUGUCCACUUCCUGGCUCAUCGCUACCCUCCGGCGCUGUUUCAUCGGACCAGGACCUGUUGAACUGUUUGAGGAAAGUGUCCCCUCAGGAACUUAUGACUGUACGGAACGCAGGUAAAACACUGGCGGUGUCAGCAAUACAAAUUGUCUUCGCGCCGAGUGUGGAUGGAGAGAUAGUUGCCAAAGACCCUGCUGAUAUGAUAAAAGAAAAGGAAUAUCUCACACAGAUCGGAUUCUAUGAGCGAGACUACCUGAGUGGAUGUGUCAACAACGAAGGAGCUUUUUUCUAUAGACAAGUACAAGCACUGACGGGUAACGUGUCAUACAUCACCAACCCUGAUCUCUACGACCGAGACCUCGUCCCUUUUUUGAUAGAAUCAAGGUUUGGAAGAAGUUCAUCAUCAGCGGAAGAAGUGUUGAAAUUCUUUUACACCUUCCCAAGAUAUCCAGGCACUACACAGCUGGACCUGAAGUCGGUGCUCGACACAGUAGGAGAUGCGCUUUUCUACGUUCCGGUCAUCGAAUUCGCUCGCGCUGUGGCCCGAGGUCAAAGGUCAGAUCGUAGAAAUCUCGUCUACUUAUUCGAACACUACCCUGCCUUUGACGUCAUAGGGGACCUUGGCACUCCCCAUGGAGGGGACUUAAUCUACGAGUUCGACUUGAAUCGUCCGUUCAUUGGAAAUGCCAGCCUUUGGACGAGCGAGGAUGAACAUCUGCGCAACGUGUUCAUCUCAACGAUCUCAGGCUUCGUAAAGACAGGGAACCCAGUGACACAACUCCAGAGUUAUCUACAAGACAGAUGGAGAGAUUUCGACCUCAGUGAUGAAAGCUAUUUGUCCAUAAAGUCUGACUCCUUGAUGCUGCAAAAUCAUCUUCAUGCAACAACAGCCUCAGUUUGGAUUGACCUCCUUCCAGCUCUACUUGAUCCAGUUUCAUUUCUGAGAAAUUCUUCCUCGACUCACGUGCCAACACUGUCAGAAUUAAUAGAUGAUACAUAUGCUGCAGUAUACGAGGAACGCUUAAACGAAGCUAAAAAGGCGUUGACAGUUGACACAACAACAAUUGCACCUUUGUUACGGGGUAAAACAUUAGAAGUUGGCCUCUUUCUAAACCACAAACUGCACAGAAAAUCUGUCAAGAUGUUACUUUACCUCCUUGUUGUUGUUAGUAUGCUCAGCGUCACACCCACACGUUCCCAGAUCACAUCGACGACAUCUCCGCUUCCGGUUGUCCAGACUCAGCUGGGAGCAAUCAGCGGAAGGAUGCUGACUGCCAAGAACGGGAGACAAUACGAAGCUUUCCGAGGCAUUCCGUACGCCAGGCCACCUGUAGGAGACCUGCGCUUCUCGAAGCCCCAACCUCAUCCUGCUUUUGACCAGGGACGCUUUGAUGCUGGAGAAUUUGGAAACGUUUGUUGGCAGAAAUCCACAAGUAUGUCACAGGCCACUGGGUGGAUAAUGAGUGAGGACUGUCUCUUUCUCAAUGUCUUUAGGUCGUCUGGUACCUCACGACGGAACUUGCUUCCAGUAUUUGUUUUCAUUCAUGGCGGAGCCUUUUUAGGAGGCAGUUCUGACAUACACAUUGUUGGAGGGCUUGUAACCAAAAGCAGCAGCAUCGUCGUGACAUUGAACUACCGCCUUGGUGCCCUCGGCUUCCUCAGCACGGGCGACCCGACGCUUCCUGGUAACUACGGCCUGUGGGACCAGCACCUGGCCAUCCAGUGGGUCAGGGAAAACAUUCAAGCUUUCAACGGGGACCCUGACAAGAUCACCAUCGGGGGCGAGUCAGCGGGGUCAGCCAGCGUUGCGUACCAGACCUUAACGCCUUUGUCACGAGGGCUGUUCUCCAGAGCCAUCCUGCAGAGCGGCACCGCCACGUCGUCAUGGGCGCUCCAGAGAAAGCCGCUGGACCAGGCACAGAAGCUGGCACUCAACCUCACCUGUCCGUCUCCACGCUCUACCACAAGCACCGGGGAUGCAGCAAUCAACGCAGAUUUUCUGUCCUGUGUGAGGAGGGCGUCCCCUCAACAAAUCAUUUUAGCCUCAUCUCAGGAGACAACCUUAGCAAGGGCAGCUCUGGACUUUGUGUUUGUACCAACAGUGGAUGGUGAAUUUGUGAUGAAAAACCCUGCAGACAUGUUGACCGACACUGAAUAUCUACAACAGAUCGGGUUCUACGACAGAGACUACCUCAGUGGUUGCGUCAACAACGAAGGAGGGCUACUCUCCUCUCUGGUGCUGCAGUUUAUGCCCAACGACUCAGUGAUCCUGAAACCAGAAUUCUAUGACCUUGAUCUCGUGCCCCUUCUGAUAGAACAGAAGUUUGGAAAUACCUCAGCAGUUGUGGAAGAAGUGGUCAAGUUUUUCUAUACUUACCCGAGAUAUUCAGACAUUGCGCUGCUGGACAAGAAACAAGUGCUGGACACUGCAGGAGAUGCUGGUUUCUACGUGCCACUCACAGAAUUCGCACGCGCUGUGGCCAGGGGUCAAAGUUCAGCGCGAAGAAACCUGGUCUACUUUUUUGAGCACUACCCCGCAUAUUUCUCAGAUGGAUACCUGGGUACACCACACGGGUAUGACCUGAUGUACGAGUUUGACAUUGAUUUGUUUGUACUCAACACUAGUCUCUGGACUGCUGAUGAUGAUCGCCUUCGUGAAGUCUUCAUGUCGGUGAUCGUGGAUUUUGUGAAAUCAGGAAAUCCCAAAAGCGCACUUCGAUCAUCUUUACAAGAUGGGUGGACGGACUUCAACCUCAUCGACGAGAGUUAUCUGUCUAUUAAAGCCAACUCCUCAUCAAUACAGCAUCAUUUCCGCCCACGCGAGACCUCGCUGUGGCUCGACCUACUUCCAACUCUCCUGGACCCAGCGUUUAACCAGACAAACCACUCGACAUCCCACGUGCCGACUUUGUCCGAGUUGAUAGGCUGACCAACUUGCCAGAAAAAGCUCUAACCAUUGUGUACUCAGUGUUUUGUGUCAUGAUGAAUGCCAAAUUGUGUUUGUUAGGGUCUCAGUAAUGAAGUAAUAAAAACUAAUUAUGUCUCUGAUGGACUCGCAACCUUUUGCAUCCCAAUCUUACGUUAUACGAGUCUCUGCAUUACCCAGUUAGCACUUUUCAUAAAUGUUUUAUUAUCAUAUUUUUCAGAGGUAAACUAUUAUUUUAAGUAUUUCUAAUACCUUUGUUAAAUACCAGAAAAAAAUCAGUCCUCUAGAAACAACGUGAAAGUGAAAUAAAGUCAUUUGCAAAAGUU